CUCUCUUUUUCCUCUCUCGUAUUAUCUAUUUCUCUCCCAAAUAGACAACCCGACUGUGCUCCUCUAGGCGGCGGUGGGAGAAAUAAUGAAAGGGGUCGCCGGUGCUUCGGGUGUCAAUGGCGAUGAAGGAAGAUCGAAGAGUGUAUGGUGUUUGGCAUCGCAUAACGGCGAAUCAGCUCCUCUCUAUCGGAAAAGCGACGAUCCGGAUGUUGAAGGCGGUGAAGGAAGCUCAACGAAUCCCAAAUCUCCUCCAGCCGCGGUGAAGGAAGCUCGAUGGUUCGCCAUCUCGCCUCUGGCUGUGGUGAAUCGGCUACAACCUCCGAUGGAUAAACCAGAUCUGCUCUUUUGACGAGAAAAGCGAAAGAAAGAAACCAGAUCUGCUUUUUUGGUUUGGCGUUUGGACUUGCAAAUCUGGAUUUUGGAUGAGGAAUUCAUAGUGUAUUUUGGGCAAAUAUGGAAUUUUGUCUUUCAUGAGCUGCAGAUUUGAUGUUG